AAGUGGGAGCCUGCAGAGACCACUAUAUUUCCUCUUUUCCCCGUAGUGCCAUAGCGAGCCGUUGCUAAAAUGGCUAUUAUAUUCACUUUAUGUUUUAAUUUAUUUAUAUUGUGUAACUUUGCUGGUGCUGUCUUUGAGGAUCAAGUUGGAAAAUUUGACUGGCGACAGCAAUAUGCAGGAAAAGUUCGCUUUGCCGUAUUUGAUAUGCACGCCCAGUCAUCUAAAAAGGUGAUGAUGGCCACGGAGAGCAAUGUGUUCGCCUCAGUGAAUACCAGAACUGGAGAUCUUGCAUGGCGCCAUGUAGACUCCACGGGGCCUGAAGGAAACAUCGAUAGUCUUCUGCUGCAUGGACAAGACGCUGUACUCGUGGUCGGGGAUGGGCGCCUCCUUCGUUCGUGGGACAUAAAUGUUGGCGGUUUGAACUGGGAAAUGGUUCUUGACUCUGGCAGUUUCCAAGCAUCAAGCUUUGUUGGGCACCUAGACUCAGUGAAGUACGUGGCCGUGCUGAAGAAAGCAGCCAUCUCGCUGCAUUACCUGUCUAAUGGCCAUCAGAAAUGGCUGGAGAAUCUUCCUGAAAGUGAGACCGUUCAGUACCAGGCUGUCUACUCUGAGGGAGAUGGGAACGUCUAUGUCCUGGGUGUGGUUCCCAAUUCCCACAUUUCGAUUGUAACGUUUAGUGUUGAAGACGGGGAGAUCCUUAAGCAGGUUCAGGUGGAAGCUCCGUGGCUGUCGGACCUGGGUGCUAACUGUGUUGUAGUGGGCCAGGGGGUUCUGUUGUGCGCAGAUGUGGCUACUCUGUCACUGUACACACUGGACCUCCACCUGGAGUCCCAGAUGACCCAGAUCACCUUGCAGACCCUUGAGCUGGAGCUGGCCCCUGGCUUCCAGCCGGUCCUGACGUCCACCCAGCCCACCGCAGCCCAGCCCCCUCUCUCUGAGUUCUUCCUCCAGCUUGGACCCGAGCACCACCUGCUGCUGCAGCUCAAAGACAACCAAGUCGUGACACUGAGGGACUUCCAGCCCUCUCUGCUGGUUUCCUUUGCAACCACUGGUGAGAAAACUGUUGCUGCUGUCAUGGCGACCAAGAAUACAACGGCCAACACCAUCAUUCUCUACAGUGCAGACUCUGGUCGCAGGCUCCUGGACACCACUAUAAUCUUCCCUGUGGACCCCAACAGUGGGAAACCAGAGAAGCUGUACAUCCAGGCCUUCCUGAAGAAGGACGACUCUGUGGGCUACAGGGUGAUGGUGCAGUCUGAGGACCAGACUCUCACCUUCAUGCAGCAGCCAGGUCGUGUGAUGUGGACCAGGGAGGAGGCCCUCUCGGAUGUGGUUACCAUGGAAAUGGUGGACCUGCCUCUCACGGGCACGCAGGCCGAGUUGGAGGGGGAGUUUGGCAAGAAGGCGGACGGCCUGUUCUCCAUGGUGCUGAAGAGGCUGUCCUCCCAGUUCAUCCUGCUGCAGGCCUGGCUGGGCCACCUGUGGAAGCUGUUCUACGACGCCCGCAAGCCCCGCAGCCUGGUGAAGAACGACGUGACCAUCGAGACGCUGUCCCGGGACGAGUUCAACCUGCAGAAGAUGAUGAUCAUGGUCACGGCCUCGGGAAAGCUCUUCGGCAUCGACAGCAAGACGGGCACCAUCGUGUGGAAGCACUACCUGGAGAACGUGCCGGCGAACGCAGCCUUCAAGUUGAUGGUGCAGAGGACCACCGCCCACUUCCCCCACCCGCCCCAGUGCACCCUGCUCAUCAAGGACAAGGACACUGGACUAGGCAUGCUCCACGUCUUCAACCCCAUCUUCGGGAGGAAGAGCCACGUGGCGCCCCCCUCCCUGCCCCAGCCCAUCCUCCAGUCGAUCCUGCUGCCCAUCAUGGACCAGGACUACUCUAAGGUCCUGCUGCUCAUCGACGACCAGUACAAGGUCUCGGCCUUCCCCUCCAGUAAGAAUGUGCUGCAGCAGCUCCAGGAGAUGGCCCCUACCAUCUUCUUCUACCUGGUGGACCCCAACAUGGGACGCCUCUCGGGGUACCGGCUACGCACGGACCUCUCCACGGAACUGAUCUGGGAGGUGGUUCUGCCGCUGGAGGUCCAGAAGGUCCUGUUCGUCAAGGGGAAGAGGUGUAACGAGCACGUGCACUCCCAGGGCCGUGUGAUGGGCGACCGCAGUGUGCUCUACAAGUACCUGAACCCCAACCUGCUGGCGGUGGUGACGGAGAGCACGGACCCCCACCCGGAGCGCAGCUUCGUGGGCGUGCUGCUGAUCGACGGCAUCACCGGGCGCAUCAUCCACGACGCCGUGCAGCGCAAGGCCCGCGGCCCGGUGCACCUGGUGCACUCGGAGAACUGGGUGGUGUACAAGUACUGGAGCACCAAGUCCCGCAGGAGCGAGUUCUCGGUGCUGGAGCUCUACGAGGGCAUGGAGCUGUACAACAGCACGGUGUUCAGCUCCCUGGACCGGCCCCACGUGCCCCAGGUCCUGCAGCAGUCCUACAUCUUCCCCACCGGCAUCUCCGCCCUGGAGGCCACCCUCACCGAGAAGGGCAUCACGAGCCGCCACCUGCUGGUCGGCCUGCCGUCGGGAGCCAUCCUGUCCCUCCCAAAGAUGUUCCUGGACCCUCGUCGGCCGGAGAUACCGACUGAGCAGAGCCGUGAGGAGAACCUGAUCCCUUACGCUCCCGAGAUGCCCAUCCGUAGCGAGUGGUUCAUCAACUACAACCAGACCGUGUCCAGGGUGCGGGGAAUCUACACCGCCCCCUCUGGCCUGGAGUCCACAUGCCUGGUGGUGGCCUACGGACUGGACAUCUACCAGACGCGCGUCUACCCCUCCAAGCAGUUCGACGUGCUGAAGGACGACUACGACUACAUGCUGAUCAGCAGCGUGCUCUUCGGACUCUUCUUCGCCACCAUGAUCAGCAAGCGGCUCGCCGAGGUCAAGCUGCUGAACCGCGCCUGGCGGUGAGGGCGGUCUCAGAGGGGUCACGACCCUUGCCCCCUGAUGCCCAUAGGCUGCCUUUUUACGGGACCUCGCCACUAACGGGGAGCCCUGUUUUGCCGCCAUUGUGUGAGGUUGAUUACAAGCCAUUUUUGAAAUCUUUGACGCUGCUUUUUUUGUGACAUCACAAGUGGGAGCGUCCGCCCAGAUGUAUGAUGGUUAAAUUUGUUGGUACAGUCCGCCGUAGAGGCGGACUGUACCAACAAAUUUGACCAUCAUACAUCUAUGUGGCCAGUCCACGUGCGAUGUCACAAAUGGGCUACAUUUUAAAUGGCUUGUAAUGACUGGGAUGAGUGGGAGGAGCCGAGGACAAAAUCUAAACGUAGAAUAACAGUCUUAUUUGAACUAUGGAGAACGUGGAGCGGCAGUGAGGUUUAGGAAUGGUUUGUCUUUAUUUUCUAACUUAUUUUUUAAGCGCAAAGUUGUGACUGGUCGGGGUGAGAUAAGUCGUUUGUGUAGAUUUCAUUUGAUUAACUGUUUAACAUUAAUAUGUGGAGAAUUAAUAAAUAUAAUUAUUUGGAUGAUUUGUAAGUUGGAUUGUUUUGAUGGUUUUCGUCUAUUGAUUUGUUCCUGGGAUAUUUUGCCUUUUAAAAACUGUGAAAUUAAGAGUGAGUGAUAAAGAGAAGUUACAUCGACAAAACUUCAAAGAGUAUUGCUUUAUGUGUGUGGUUUUUCACAUCCAUUUGUGUACUUCCUUCUUCGCACUUGCUAAUAUACACACAUCUCCGGUACAACCACAAACUCCAUCGAGGCAGUAAUAAUAUAAGUGGAUCCAUGUUAGCUUCACAUGCCACACAGUUUAGUUUUUGGAAUGCUGGAAUCCUCUGCUGCUCUUGCAUUUUUUUGUUUAUUUAUAAUAAAACUAUUUCAAUAUAAA